UAUUCAAGCAGUUCAUCUUAGUCCAUUCAACAAUCAAUUUAAAAUCAAAUUAACGAAAUGAAUUCCGCAAAGCUUUUUAUUGUCUUCGCUGUUGUUCUUAUUGUCUUCUCCGGUCAAAGUGAAGCUGGUUGGUGGAAGAGAGUCUUCAAGCCAGUGGAACGACUUGGUCAAAGAGUUCGUGAUGCUGGUAUUCAAGGACUCCAAAUUGCACAACAAGGAGCCAAUGUUCUGGCAACGGUUCGAGGUGGACCACUCCAACAAGGAUAAUUUGAAUGAAGCGUGCAGUUAUUUUUUUCUAAUUUUUAUUAACUUAUGAUAUUUAAUUUAUUUAUUUGAGAGUGUGAAUAAAAUUGUUUGGAAAAUAAAUGAUGGUGUGGUUUAUAAAAAUA